AUGCUUUCUCUUAUAAAGUCCCAUAAACGAUCAAGUUCUCUCGAUAGCAGUCCCAAGAAACCGGCUUUCAGAGAAAGAAAAGGAUCGGCCGAUGGAUGUUCACCGGGACACCAGAUGGCGUCUCCACAAGGUUUUAGUGACUAUGAAAUAACACGAUCAUCUCCAAGUUUCGAGUCGCUUCACAAGCUGACAAACAAGAACAAGUUUUUUGGAGCACGACUUUUCAAGAAAACUGGCGAUAUGCCACAUCCGCAGGCGACGCCUUGGACAGCUCCUAAUACACCCGUGAAUGGAGGCUUCAAGCACUUUUCAUCGCCUGAGGGAUAUUCGGUUAGUAGUUUUGAAAGAGGAAGUCAUAGGUCCCGUGCAGGGCGCGAUAUGGACGAGCGUCCCACUACGGUCAAAGGGACUCGUACUCACGAAUGGGGCGUUAACUGCGAAGAACAGACACCUGUGAUUUUGCUGAAUCGAACUUCUUUUUCGUCAGAACAUCAUUCAGAUGGAGUAGGCGCGUCUGGAUCUGUGCGACAAAAUGCUCAGAGAGCGUCGAUAUCGUCUGUGACUUCAAGCACUGUUGAUAGCGAAUUUCAGAGCGAUACGAAUUCGCAACAAAUUUCUGCUUCAAGAAGUCAAUUGGACGUGAGUCGCGAUUCGUCUGACGCUCGUCUGAAGCAUCCUUAUCAUUUAUUGAAUUCGAGCACCGUAAAGAAUCGAAAUAGGCUUGCGCGAAUCCACUCAAAUGAGGAUAUUCUGACGCUAAGCAAAGAGUCGGAAGUUCCUUAUCAAGUUUUCCAGUCAAAAUUCGAUCCUCUGGGUCGUAUUGAAGCCAGUCCCGUAAGCUCUGCCAGUCGUUCCACGCAUGAGGGCGAAAGUUCUAUACAGAAUAAGGAUCUAGGCUUAGGAAUAUCAACCUCGAGGCAAAAUUUGAGCGCUUUUGGACGGGACGAAAGCUACUCUAAUCCUUCGAAGACUGAGUUUUCUCUUAAGGAUAGAUCUUUUGAAGAAGGCGACGAGGCCUUCUUGGGAAAUGGAAAGAAAUCUGAAGAAAAAGGCCAAACGUCCUCGGAAAGUUCUGACGAUAACUAUCUCUCAGACAGCUCAUCCAAAUUUUCAUUCGAGCUUGGUGGUUUUGGUGGUCGCACAUCUUCGGUUAAAUAUUAUUCGGAAUUGAAGCCAAAAAACAUCUACAUCGACGAUGUCUAUGAAGACGAUGACUUCGAUGAAGACAUGAACUAUAUUGACGAUCAGGACCUUUUAUCAAUGGAAGGUGAUAUACCAGAAGGAAAAUAUGGGUUUGAUGAGCUGGAUUCUGAUUCUGGGGAUAAUGAGGCCAACACAGGUUACAGUGAUAUGGUGAACCUUACGGACGAGGGGGAAGAUAUUAGAUCAAGCAGCAAUUCCAUAGAUCGAGGAGGCGAAAGCUCUUUUAGUCAAGAGGGUGAUGAUAUCUCGGCUAAAAAUAGCACUUCAAGCCUUGACGACAUUGGUCGCGUGGAAAUUGCACCUCAGCUUUCAAUUCAACCACAGAAUAGUACAAAAUGCAUAAACCAUAUUCCAGCCCUUAGUCAAAAUGCAGGUAGAAUAAAAAAACUAGGAGGUUAUGGCGAUAUAUUUGACUUGACCGAUGGCGACGACAAUGUUGACGAACAGCAGUCAUACGACGGCGAUCUGAAAGGGGACGAUGAAUCUGUUGAGUAUAACGGGGGUAACUCGAAUUGUGAGUUCACUUCGAGUGGAAGACCGGACAUGCGUGCUUCAAAGUCUUUUCCUGGCCAAACCGAACUCUCCGCGACAGGUAACAAGAUCAAAGAAUUGUGUGGAAAUUCAAGUCCCUCGACGUUACGAACGCCAGAAAAUAGUUACUUGCAAUCGCCGAUAAAUUUUAGUCCUUCGAGAACGCCAUUACGCGGAGAAGGCUCUUCUUCGAGACCUUUUUCAAGGUGGGGCUCUUUGAAAUAUCAUGACUUAGAUUCAAAUCUAGACUCCGACGUUCCGGGUGUGACAAGUACGCUGUACUACAUCGAUGAAAGCGAAGAAGAUAAUUUCAAAUCAAAAGCACAUAUCGACGAUAAUUAUUUGGAUGAGGUUAAUUACGUGCCAGAAGACUUUACAUUUCCGGAUGAUGACGAUACCGUCUUUUCAACAGCCAAAUCUCCGGAUGCAAUCCUACGCAUGGGAGCUUACAGAAGAACCCACAGUUUUUCGGAGCGACCCUCACCUGCAGCUAAAGAAAGGAAACCUUAUCAAAACAAACUUGAACUGAAGAACAAGACGGUCACAUUUUUCAAUAGUCAAUUAUCGCGUUCAGUAUCUGAUUCAGCAGCCCUCUUGAAAUCUCCAGAACGAAUUUAUCAUGUUAGGGAAGAAUUUGAUGCAGCAGGAGAUACGAAUACGCUACUCGGAGAUGUAACCAAUAAUCCGGUAACCCCUUCAAAUUCGUUUAGUCGACCAAGUCCAGGUUUCCAUCAAAGCGUUUCAUUGAGCCCAAUUCAAGAAGGCGCAUCCUCCGUUGACGGAUCUCCACGAUUAAAAGGGCCUUGA